AGCUGCAGCUGACCGUGGCCGCCUCGCCUCCCAAGCACUUCCCAGCAGUCAUGGAAAAAACUUCUACAGAUGCAUUUCCUUCUACUAUGAAUUCUUCAGAAAAGCAAGAGACUGUAUGUAUUUUUGGAACUGGAGAUUUUGGAAGAUCACUGGCACUUAAAAUGCUCCAGUGUGAUUAUUCUAUUGUUUUUGGAAGUAGAAACCCGCAGAAGUCCAGUUUGCUGCCCAACGGUGCAGAGGUCUUGAGCUAUUCAGAGGCAGCCCAGAAAUCGGACAUCAUAAUCAUAGCAGUCCACAGAGAGCAUUAUGAGUUUCUUAAGGAACUAACUGAGGUGCUCAAAGGAAAAAUAUUGGUCGACAUCAGCAACAACCUCAAAAUCAAUCAGUAUCCAGAAUCUAAUGCAGAGUACCUUGCUCAGUUAGUGCCAGGAGCCCACGUAGUAAAAGCAUUUAACACCAUCUCAGCCUGGGCUCUCCAGUCCGGAGCACUGGAUGCAAAUCGGCAGGUGUUUGUCUGCGGAAAUGAUAGCAAAGCCAAGCAAAGAGUGAUGGAUAUUGUUCGUACUCUUGGACUUACUCCACUGGAUCAAGGAUCUCUCAUGGCAGCCAAAGAAAUUGAAAACUACCCCCUGCAACUAUUUCCAAUGUGGAAGUUCCCCUUCUAUUUGUCUGCUAUUCUGUGUGUCUUCUUCUUUUUCUACUGCGUUUUAAGAGACGUAAUCUACCCUUAUGUUAAUGGCAAGAAAGACAGCACAUUUCGCUUGGCUAUUUCCAUUCCAAAUCGUAUCUUUCCAAUAGCAGCACUUACAUUGCUUGCCUUGGUUUACCUCCCUGGUGUUACUGCUGCAAUUCUGCAACUGUACCGAGGUACAAAAUACCGCCGAUUCCCAGACUGGCUUGACCACUGGUUGCUUUGCAGAAAGCAGCUUGGCUUAGCAGCACUGGGAUUUGCCUUCCUUCAUGUCCUCUACACACUUGUGAUUCCUAUUCGUUAUUAUGUACGAUGGACACUGAAAAACAGAACCAUUACCCAGGCAACAGCCAAGACAGAAGAUCCAUUUAGCACCUCUACUGCCUGGCUUAAUGAUUCAUACAUAGCUUUGGGAAUCCUUGGGUUUUUCCUGUUUGUACUCUUGGGAAUCACUUCCUUGCCAUCAGUUAGCAACAUGGUCAACUGGAGAGAGUUCCGAUUUGUCCAGUCCAAACUGGGUUAUUUGACCUUGCUGUUGUGCACAGCCCACACCAUGGUGUAUGGCGGAAAGAGAUUCCUCAGUCCUUCGAGUCUCAGAUGGUACCUUCCUUCAGCCUACGUGAUAGCGCUCAUCGUUCCCUGCACCGUGCUGGUGAUCAAGUGCAUCCUCAUGCUGCCAUGUAUAGACAAGACCCUCACACGAAUCCGCCAGGGCUGGGAGAGGAACUCAAAACCGACAUCAAAUGGACAAUAUUUAAAGCAAAGUUCAAUUUACCUGGACUCUCAACUAUAGUAUUGUAUAUUUAGGGAAGACUACAUAAUGGGCACAGUUAAGAAAGCAUUUUUCUCCCACCUUGGCCUGAAGUUUGUUAACAGAGAAGGAACUGUUGCCUGACGUUGAGAAAUUGACAGAUAGGAAUAGAACACCAUUUAAUCUCAGGUUAGUGAUGAACCUAUGUAGGUCCCUGCCUCUCUUCUUCCCAGAGGCAGUGGGCUGAGGUCACAGUGAGCUUUGUGGUUUCACACUAAAACAUUUUUUUGUUAUGGGCAACAUGCAUGACCUAAUGUCUUACAAAAUCCAGGGGAAAUACAUGCAACUUCCUUCUCUGGUUCGAGGGCUGAGUGCAAUGAAAAAGGAAACAGUAAGAUGGUGGCCACUGAUAAAGGCUUUCUCAGGUAUGUCUGAAAAAGGGGGACAAAUGAAGUAAAAGGAAUGAGAAUUUUUCUUACUGUUCUUUUUAAAUGAAGGAGAUCCUAAGUAUCGCCAUAGUGA